CAUCAUAGACAAACUCAAUCUUCUUAUAAAUAUUAUGUUGGUCCAUCAUUUUCCAGAUAUUAACAUUAAUUAAAUCACUAAUCGUAUCUUAUACUAAUAGUAAUAUGAUUAAUUACACCAUUCAAUUGAUUAUCAUCAUCAUCAUCCUACAAAUCUGUUUUGACGUCGUCACCUUCAAACACUGCAAAUAUUGAUUGUUUUUACAGGUUCUGUAAAUUUCAAGGGUAAAUCUUGAUUCCUUCCUUCCUUCCUAGAGAGUACUUGCUUGGUUUUAUCUUUAUCUGUUGGCACCUGUUGACUCUUGAUGGACUGCCGCUAAACUCUGAACUCCAAAAGCCUUUUAUUGGGUGGUGGGAUGGAAAUGAAACUUGUGAUUCAGUUCUUUGUGUUGUUCAUCUUCAUCUUCUGCUUCAUUCCUCAUGCCUCUGCACAAUCUACUCAUCCGGAUGAAGUUGCCGCAUUACAGUCGCUCAAAACCAAACUGGUUGAUCCUAUGAAUCAUCUUGUUAACUGGAGAAGUAAAGGAGAUCCGUGUGCUUCUAAUUGGACCGGUGUUUUAUGCUACCUUAAACUUUCCACCGACGGAUUUUUCCAUGUCCGGGAACUUCAGCUGCUGAACAUGAAUCUCUCAGGAACUUUGACACCUGAGGUUGGCAACUUCUCUCGUCUUCAGAUUUUAGAUCUCAUGUGGAAUCGAUUAACUGGCACCAUUCCUAAGGAGAUAGGGAAUCUCUCAUCUUUGAUAUUAUUGCUUUUGAAUGGAAACCAAUUUUCAGGUUCUAUUCCUGAUGAACUUGGCUUUCUUGUAAAUCUGGAUAGACUCCAACUAGAUGAGAAUAAUCUAUCUGGCACUCUACCUAAGUCCUUAGCCAACAUGAGCAAUUGCAAACAUUUCCAUUUGAACAAUAACUCACUUAGCGGGCAGCUUCCUCCCGAAUUUUCCCAAUUACCAAAACUUGCUCACUUGUUGGUGGAUAACAAUAACUUGUCUGGAAAACUCCCCCCCGAGUACUCAGCUUUAGCACAUUUGAUGAUACUCCAACUUGACAAUAAUCAGUUUGCUGGCGCUGAGAUUCCAGAAUCAUAUCAAAAUCUGUCCAGAUUGGUAAAGUUAAGUCUAAGAAACUGUAGCUUGGGUGGAGCAGUUCCUGAUCUUAGCAAGAUGCCAUAUCUUAGUUUUAUAGAUUUGAGUUGGAACAAGUUCACCGGAGCAGUUCCUUCAAACAAGCUGUCAGAUAACGUCACUACAAUUAAUCUGUCGCAUAACAAUCUGAAUGGUUCAAUUCCUGAAAGUUUCUCUCUUCUUCCAGCUCUCCAGAUGUUGUCGCUUUUAAACAAUUCUAUAAAUGGUUCCAUCCCUGCUGGCAUUUGGCACAACAAAUCCUUCAAUUCUACUGCCAGACUUUUAGUUGAUCUUCGAUACAAUUUGCUCUCUAUCAUUUCUGGGGACCUGAAUCCACCACAAAAUGUAACCUUAAGGCUUCGGGGAAAUCCUGUUUGCAUCCGUGCAAACAUACAGAACAUACACCUUUUCUGUGAUUCUGAUGCUGGUGGAAAUGGAACAUCUGAUGGCCCAACAACUCCAGCAGCUUGUCCUAUCACUGCAUGUCCUGUGGAUCAGUAUUUCGAAUCUGUUCCAGAAGCUCCAACAUGCUUUUGUGCAGCUCCUAUUAGAAUAGGAUAUAGAUUAAAGAGUCCGAGUUUCUCUUAUUUCCCUCCUUACAAAUAUGAUUUUGUGUCUUACAUCACACAUACCUUGAAAUUGGACCGAUAUCAGCUCUCUGUUGAUUCAUAUGCAUGGGAAGAAGGGCCUCGUCUGCGGAUGUAUUUGAAACUCUUCCCAGAUAUCAGCAAAACGGAUCAUAUUUUCAAUGAGAGUGAGCUUCGUUAUAUUAGACAUAUAUACACAACAUGGCACUUUCCUGGAAGUGAUCUAUUUGGCCCAUAUGAACUUCUGAACUUCACACUUUUGGGUCCUUAUAGCUAUGUGAACCUUGGAACUGCUAAGAGUGGCAUAAGUAAGAGUUUUUUGGCUGCCAUUUCGGUAGUGGUGAUUACUUCUGCUGUUAUAGUAUCUGUGAUCGUCACAGUUCUCCUCAUGAGAAGGAAAAACAGAAGCCGACAAUUGUCAAGAAAGAAUUUUUCUUCAAAGAUAUCCAUGAAAGUUGAUGGUGUCAAAGAGUUUACCUUCCGAGAAUUGUCACAAGGCACCCGCAAUUUUAACAGCUCAGCUCAAGUUGGCCGAGGAGGAUAUGGAAAGGUUUACAGAGGCGUUUUAGCCAAUGGCACAGUUGUGGCUGUUAAGCGUGCAGAGGAAGGGUCACUGCAGGGGAAACUUGAAUUUCUUACAGAAAUACAAUUCUUAUCAAGGUUACAUCACCGCAACUUGGUUUCAUUGAUUGGCUAUUGUAGUGAAUAUGGUGAACAAGUGCUUGUCUAUGAGUUCAUGCCAAAUGGCACUUUAAGGGAGUGGCUUUCAGGUAAAUCUGAGAGGACCCUCAACUUUGUGAUGAGGUUGCGGAUUGCAUUAGGUGCAUCCAGGGGAAUCCUUUACUUGCAUACAGAAGCAAACCCACCAAUAUUUCACAGAGAUAUUAAAGCCAGCAACAUACUUCUGGAUGCCAAUCUUACCACCAAAGUUGCUGAUUUUGGACUAUCGCAUCUUGCUCCUGUUAUGGAUGAUGAAGGCAGUGUACCUCAUCAUAUAUCCACUAUUGUGAAAGGAACACCGGGAUACCUUGACCCAGAAUACUUCUUGACCCAUCAGCUGACAGAUAAAAGCGAUGUCUACAGCCUUGGAGUUGUAUUUCUAGAGCUUCUUACAGGUGUACCACCAAUAUCACAUGGAAAAAACCUUGUUCGCGAGGUAAAUGCAGCACAGAAGUCAGGUUCAUUGUUUGACAUCAUUGACACCAGAAUGGGAACCUAUCCAUCUGAAUGUGUAGAGAGAUUCAUAGCUUUGGGUUUGAGAUGUUGUCAAGAUAAGCCAGAGAUGAGACCUUGCAUGUUAGAUGUCGUGAGGGAGCUUGAAAAUGUGCUUCAAUUGGUUCCUGAUAGUAUGACCAUGUCCGAUACCACAUCUCUGCAAUCGUGUAGCUCUUCUUCUACAACAAACCCGUCACUUAACAAGUUUGCACGAAUGACCUCCGAUGUAUCAGGCAGUGACCUAACUUCUACGGUUUUACCCACCUUGGCACCACGCUAGUUUUAUGGACUUUUGUACAGUGUACAACAAAGGAUUCUUGACUUCUCUUACAUUCCUAUUUUUUGUGCAUCUUUCAGAAAUGUAUACAUUUAUGAUGGAUGGUGCCAGUUUUGUACCCAUUAGUUAAGAGUAUAUGUAUAUUCCAACAUCCCAACAUAUUAGAAAGGGAAAAAAGACACUAUUAGGGUCUUUUAUAUUCGCAUAAUUAUUGUUUUAGUUCAAAAUUAUACUUUAUAGUUUUUUGUGU